AUGGGAUGCAAAAAUAAGAAGAUCAACUUUAUAAGAGUUUUUCAUAAGAAGAAAUUUUCUACCUCCUACCACAGCAAAUAAAAUUAAAAAAUAUGCAGUGUCAAACCAGAAUCAGACUAAAUUUGUUUAGGAUCAAAUAUUAAUGUUUAUAAUAUAUAUGGAUAUUGUAAAGAAGCCCCUGAGUUUUUGAAACCAAAAACUAAAACAAUCAAAUAGAUUAGAUAUUCAUAUGUGUCUUGGUAUGAAGGAAACAAUUUCUAUGAUGAUGAUAAAAGAAAAGCUCCUUGUUCUGAUUUUGGACCUAUUAAUGAAUACUAUAAUAAUGCAAAAGUUCAAGAAGCUUUACAUAUAUAAGAAAGACCUUAUUUUUGGUCUGCUUGUAGUUAAGAAGUCAAUAAGGCAUUUAAUAUUAGUAAUAAUGGAAGUUAUUAGAUACUUCCAUUAUUAAGUUAAUCAGGAAUAAAGAUAUUAAUAUAUUCUGGUGAUUAGGAUGCUGUUAUUAACGUUGUAGAAACUGAAUAAUCCAUUAAUAUGAUACCAGGUAUUUAAGAAUUAGAUUCUUAGACUCCAUAGGGCAAUACUGA